CGUAGGUUUACUAUAAAACUAAAGAAUUAGACUACUUCGUGGUUCUUAGCAUUCACAAUCGAGUAGUAAUUUUAAUUUAAGGUUAUGUCGCAUGCACUUUUUGUCAUGAUUGUAACGAUGUGUAACGAAAUGUGAUACGUUACAGUUGUGUUACCUACAGUCGACAUAUUGUUAGGCUUAGAACACAUAGGUCUAUUAAAAAUUGCGCGAAAAAAAGACGAUAAUUAAACAGCUGAACAGAUUUUGAUGUGCAAGAUAUCAUUGGAUUGGUCUAAAAUAUCAUUAUGUCUAAAAUAUCAUGGUCUAUAUAUAUAUUUUUAUAUUUUACCCGUCUGCGCAUAAAAAAGGAUAACGUUUUCAAAUCAUAGAUUUUGAUGUUCAAGGUACCUAUCAUCGGAUUGUUAUUUAUCUCUAGAAUAUCAUUGUCUAUAAAACUUUAUUAAUAUAUAACCCGACUGCGCAUAAAAGGAGGAUAAUGUUUUUAAACCUAAACGGCUGGAUGGAUUUUAAUGUAUGGCGUUGACGAAUGCCGAAAGGCAAAAAAAAUAUCGAGAGAGGUUACAAGUUCAAAAUCCCGAGAAAUAUAAAGAACUACAAAAAGAACGGAAUAAAAAGCGGAAAAAAAUUCAAGAGUGUUCCAAAGUAGUUAUAGAACUGAAAAGGAAACAGUGGAGAGCUAGUCAAAACCGCCAUAGAAAGAAAAUAAAUGGUGAACCAAACUGUGAAAAUGAUAUUCCCACUGUUUGUGAGGGUACUAAUGAUGCUGAAAGAUUGCAAAGAAAAAGAUUACAAAUAAGAUUUCAGAGAAGGUAUAAUUUUAAAAUGGAUGAGGCAAAGAUACCCCCAGAAAGACUAUACUUAUGGAAGGAAAAGGAAAAUGAUGUAUUUAUUGAACACAAUAAUAUCUAUGAUCAUCAGACAGACGGCUUGAGGUUUCUGUUCAAACAGUUUAAGAAAAAAAACCCCGGAGUGAUUUUGAACUAUCCUCGUCGAUGUGGCAAAUCUGUAACGAUAGUUUUAUUCCUGUAUGCUAUAAGGAAGCUGUUACAACAACCUGUGUUGAUUCUCUGCAAGGAUACCCAGGAUGCUGAGAAUUGGCACCAGUGCUUCCAAAUGUGGAGUGGAUUUUCACCUGAUGAGAUUGCAUUCGAACCAACGAAAGCAUUAUUGAAGAAGCAAAUAUUUAUAAAAUCGAUGUCAGACCUGGUAUCGUUCACUCGUCGAAGUUGGAGCAUACUCGUACAUAAAGAUGACGAUUUUGAGGGUUUACCGCAAUUUUCUAGUGUCGAUUUUUAUAUUUGGGCCACUUCCACUGAUGUUAUGAAAGACCUCCCUUUCCUAUCCUCUAUCUACAAGUGGAUUAAUCCUAAAGAGAAGAUAAAUUUUGACCAUGAUAAAGGUGACUUCAAGAAGCAAAUAUUACUGGAUGCUCAGUUAGAAAAUAUUGUGUUGAGAAGAUUUAGAAUAUCUAUGCCUGAUCAACAGACUAACAACGAUGAAGAUUAUUGUAUACAACCGAAAAAGUCUAAGAAGAAUAAAGAUGCAACUGGGAAAAAGAUAAAACGAUCCAAAGUAGUAAGUAAAGACAUUAACGUCAAUCAACCCGGUAGUUCUAACCAAGAAAAAAAACAUGAUACAAAUGAUGAUGCAAAAAUGGAUAUAGAAACAUUUAUAAAUGAUAAGAAUCCUGUAGCAAAGGAUCAAGAUGAAUUUGAUGAUAAAUUCGCUGAUUUGCAAUAUGAUAGUAAUGAUAGUUUUAUUUAUAAAGAAACGAAAGUAUUAAAUGAUGAUACGGAAAAUAUAGAUAAAACUGACGCUAUAGCUUCAGUAACUGAAGAUAAUUUGCCUAGUGAUGUAAACACAGAAAUAAUUUUAGAAAACAGUGUAAGAGAAUCUCUUAGUGACACAAAUGAUACAAGUGAUUGUGUUCUUAAAUAUAGUGACAAUACAGAUAUUCAUGACAAUACAAAAUCAGAUGUAAGUUUAAAUGAAACUUCAGACAAUAUUAACAAUUUAUCCGAUAGUAUAUUAAAGCCAGAUAGUGCAGAUGUAACUACAAAUUCUGAAAUGAAAGUCCAGAAAAUAUCUAAUGGAGUUAAAAACAAUGAUAAUGCAAACGAUUCAUUAAUUAAAGAUUUAAAAGAAAAUGAAGACACAGAUAAGAAAAUCAAGCCAAAUGUUUCACAUAAAACAGAUAUAGAUAGUAAGAUUAAUGAAAUGGAGGAAAAAGCUAUGAAAAAAUUCAAAGGAUCGAUAUUAGAUAGCAUAUUUAAUUAGUCAAGAGCUAAUACUAUUGGUGUUUCUUAUAAAAUCGAUAAAAAAAAUAGUUCUUGGUGUCAAAAGUUAGUUUAAAUUUGAAACAAAAAUUGUAUGAUAAAAAUACUAAAUAAUGGU